GUUUGCAUCACGGGUAAUUUUCGGUUUAUUAGAUUGGCUUUGUAACCCGUAAUGGCAACGGAAUCGAACUCGGCAAAGUCCGAUGGUGAUCCUCCGGAGUUUGUCUGUACGGAGCGGAUAAAAUUUCGUAAACUGCGCUCGCAAAACAUCGUACACCGGUUGCGCUAUCGGGAGAUAGGAAUGGGAGUGAAGACACCUCAGCAUUCGGUACGGGAAUUCUACCAGAAUGUCUAUCCCAAUCUGACGGUGGUCAAUGUCGAGAAGCCACCGUGCUACUUGAGAAAAUUCAGCCCGGAUGGAAGGUAUCUGAUCGCAUUCUCGUCGGAUCAGGCUUCGUUAGAAAUCUACCAGUAUAUGGGGUGUGCUGCGGCGGCCAAAUUGUUUCAGGACUGGGAAACACCGGAAGUGAUUCUGAACGAUGGCACCGGUGGUCGGAGCUACGAAAUUCGCAGUCAGAUAUUUGAAAAUUUAUUCAAGCUCAAGCACAUAGUCAACAUGGAAAGUCACCAGAACCAGUUGAAUCGCGAGUGCAGUCUGUUCACCAACGAUGGGAAGUAUGUAAUCAUUGGAGCGGCGUCGUUCAUUCCAGAGGAUAACCACCCUCGAUUCUACGAGUUGUACACGAAUAACGAAGCUAUAAAACCCACUGCCAGUUGCCCUUUGGAGGAUUACACGCUCUAUAUCAUAGAUUUACACAACGGUCGCAUUUCCGACUCAAAGGAUUUCAAUGUAGAUAAAAUCAUACUGUCGCAUAAUCAGGGUGUUUAUUUGUACAAUGAUACGUUGGCAAUAUUGUCGAUCCAACAUCAGACGGUUCACAUUUUUUCGAUUGCCGACGGUACAUUCAUUCUCGAACGAACGAUAGGAAGAUUCUGCUGCCCGGAUGAAGGCUUGCUGUACAGCAUGGGUACAUCUGGAGGCCGCAGUGGAAAUAAUUCGAACUUACGAGCUUUCCGUGAACCAACAAUCAACAGUUUGAAGCAUCGAAUGUUGGUUUUCCUCUUCAGACAGGCCAAAGGAAUGGUGGAUUCUGGUGAAGAUAGAUUAGCACUACGAAAGUUCUACCGCAGAUUUGAUGAAUACCGAAACUUACGGAUGUGGAAGAUGCAACUGCUGGAUGAUGACCAUUUGCUGAUCAAGUAUUCUAGUGAAGAUGUCGUUACGCUGAAGACGCUGGAACCGAACAAUCACAAUAGUUCGAUGUUCGUGGUGUACAACAUCUGGAAGAACAGAAUCAUCGGCAUUUAUGGCAAUCAAUCGCCCGAGCUGCUGUUUCUGUAUGAAAAUUUCUGCGACAGCUUCCGGAAUGCCAAUCAGGCCCAUCAAACGCAGUUCACCUGCUCACCGGCCAACAACAUCUACAGUAAUCUAAUCCAUCAGCGUUUCAAACAGACUAUAAUCGGUGCUCGUGGCGGAGGAGUCCAGGAGGCAACGAAGAGAAUUCUGGCUGCACUGCCAAUCAGCGCACAAAGCUACAGCAGUUCACCGUACUUGGAUCUCAGUUUGUUCAGCUACGAUGACAAGUGGGUAUCGGCUAUGGAACGGCCGAAGGCGUGUGCCGAGUUCCCCAUUCGGUUUUUCGCUCGCGAUUCUGGGUUGCUUAAGUUCCGCAUCUAUGCAGGAGUUCAGAACCAAUUGUCCAAUUCGGGCUCUCGAAGGUUGGUAGCGUUCACCUUUCACCCGACGGAACCGUUCGCUAUCAGUGUGCAGCGGAUUAAUACGGAUUAUAUAGCCAAUUUGCACAUCAGACAUCCGGGAGCACGGAUGAUGCGGUGACAUGGGGUCCGGCCGGGGGAGUAUUCUGACUGACAUAGUCUAAGGUU